AGAGCAAAACCGAGAGCGCGCGCAUCGCGACUCUUGUGCAGAAGCAGCAACACUCGCUCAGGCUCGCAGUUCAGCUUUGGAGCAACAGCAGUCUGCGUAUAGCAACCUCAAUGAUAUUAUAGCUAUAUAGCAAACUCAACGUGUUGUGUGUCGCGCGCGUGUGUGCAUAUACAGAGUGUGCUCGUGUGUGUGUGAGCGUAUGCAUAACUACUAUACGACGUAUGACUGUCGUCGUCGUUUGUCCGUACCAACACAGACGUUGAAAGUUGGAGUCGUCGAUCGUCAUCGUCAUCGCAGCCCGAUAGUUGUUACAUUAUAGGCAGCGCGCGCGGACGUAUCGCGCAGCAGCUUUAUAUAUACACGUACACCGACACGUCUGGUACUUACUGCCUGUUUGCAUUAUAUGUAUAUACGUAUACCGUCCGACUGUCUCACACGUAUAUACGCAGCUUGCGUGAAAUUUUUUGGACUCGCAACGGUCUGCGGCAAAGUUUUCGGGCCUGAGCAGCUCCUCAACGAGAGUCACAUAGCUGCUGCGCCUAUUGCAAUCUUCCACACGAGCUGCUCUCGCGCUCGCGAGCAAACUGCUGACUUAUCAAAUAGGCAUAAAUAAGGAGGACCGAGCGAAAUUCGCAGGCGCAGCUGCUGCUUCGCCGAUCACGCACGUAACGUACUCCAAUCUGCGGAGAAAACGGACACCAAUCCGCUCGAUCAUCAUCGACGAGAGCUUACCUGUGAUCGGGCACUCGACGACACCACAACUGACUCUGACUUGGCACUUUUGCCAUACUCUCUGGAUAUAUAGAAGCUGCUAGAAACACGUCACAUGUCCGAUUGCGAUUAUUGCACUCACCUGCUGUAUAGUGCACAUUUUUGCACGCAUCUCUGCUGCUGCUGUUGCUGCGCCUAGCGGCUCCCAAGAUUCUGCAUCGACUUAGUAUCUGGGCCUGACUUGCAGCUGCCUGCUGUUUCCAUCCGUAUAGCUGUUCAAAUCUAAACUGAUUCGUUCCGCUCGCGACGUGGCCAUUGCGAAUCGUUUGUUAUCAUCUUCGUGACUGCAUCCUUCGUCCUGUCUCAACAUGCCGGUGAAAGUAGACGUAGUACCGCCACCUGCCAAUUCCAAACAGCCCGGCGUCACCAAAUCACUGCUUUAUAACGGAUCUCGAUUCCAAGGCUCCCAAAGAUCAAAGGGAAAUAGUUAUGACGUCGAAGUUGUACUUCAGCAUGUUGAUGAAGAAAACAGCUAUCUUUGUGGAUACCUCAAAAUCAAAGGCCUAACUGAAGAAUUUCCUACACUCACCACAUUUUUUGAUGGAGAAAUUAUUUCCAAAAAAUAUCCAUUUCUCACUCGCAAAUGGGAUGCUGAUGAAGAUGUUGACAAAAAACAUUGGAGCAAAUUCAAUUCGUUUUGCCAAUAUGUCAAAACUUUUAACUCUGACACCUUUGAUUAUGAUGCUCUUAAAGGAACAGAUUAUGUUUUCAUGAGGUGGAAGGAACAUUUUCUAGUGCCUGAUCAUACAAUCAAAGAUAUUAAUGGGGCCUCGUUUGCAGGCUUUUAUUAUAUUUGUUUUCAAAAAUCUGCGGCUACCAUUGAAGGUUAUUAUUAUCAUCGAAGUUCUGAAUGGUACCAAUCGUUGAAUUUGAGGCAUGUGCCGGAACACAGUAUUCAGAUCUAUGAGUUUAGGUGAAAAAUGAGAAGCUCUGCAUUUGUUUUUGCAACAGCUCCUUGAUUCAUUCAACUAUUAUGGAAUCUUGUGUGUGUGUGUUGAACUCUCAUGUUAAUAUUUGUUUGAUUUGAGUUUUAUGUAAAUGUAAAGUUUUAUGUUAAGUGCGUGUCCGUUUUUCAACAAGCGGACCAGUGCCUCAAAUAUCGGUAAGUGAUGAUUAAAACAAUGAUGUGCUUAGCACCAUUAGAGGAAUCCAAGAAAAUUGUUUUCCCACUUUUUUGCAUAUUUUUCAUCGGGAAAUUUUAAGUCUUACAAUUGUACAAAUGAUGAAUUAAGAACUCUUCAUUGAAUUGCAACUGAAGUUGGAAAAAACAAUUUAGUUCAAUGUUGAGAAACUUAUACACAAAUUUUCUAUAAAUAGAUUGUCUAGAAUAAUUAAAUUUGACAUAGAUGCUUAUAUAUAACUAUUUAUUAUAUUACAAAUCUUUAUACUAGUCAAACGAGAUAUUGCUUAAAUUAAUCAAAGUAACGUUAAUUAUAAUUAUACAUGAUUAAACCAUAGUUGGCAAAUAUUUGCAGGAAAAUGAUUUAAAUUAUUAUUGACUCAAAUUAAUUUCAUGUGAGUGAAACAUCUUUUUAUCUGUUCAAAUUCAAAUUGUGAGUAGUACAAGAAGCCUGUACAUAAUGUUAUAAAAACAGAGUAGUAUAUUGUAACAUGGAAAUUAUUGUACGUUUUUUAAUCAACUUGCUUCCAUACACUUUCAAAGUUUUACAUUUCAAAUUUCAUAAUAAUUGGAUAAACAUACUAUUUGCCGGAUAGCUGCUAGUUAUCAAGAACCAUGUACUUGAAUGUAUGUACUUCAAAUAACAAGUGCUUUAGUUAUAACAAUAAGUAUUUUAAAAAAAUUAAACAAAAAUGCAUGUUCAGUUACAAGACAAACUUGUCACUGGAGAGCCUAAUUGUGAAGUUUUUACAAAUGGAGAUUGUCAUUCUGGAGUAAAAAAUUGUUUACAUCACUAAUAAUACCAUUGAAGAAUCCAUUCAAAUUUUCAUUUUGACCAGUGGUUUUUAAACAUUUUUCAUGUUGUUUAAUUCACUUAUUUUUACAACGAAAUAUAGUUUAAAAUUAUCAUUUCAAAGUUUGUCAUUGAAAAAUCAUUGUAACUUUGUGUUUAAACUACAAAAGAAAUUAGCAAAACUAGCUUACUACUAACUAGCAAACAUCCGAAAACUAGAGUGUUCAUCCUCUUUCAGUUUUAAAUUUUUACUUAAUUAAUGAGAUAGGUAAAAAUACUAUUCAUUAGUUUUCAAGCCGUAAAAAAAUCUGUGUAGAUAACAUAAUAUGGUUCUGUAUGAGCAAAAAUGACUGAUGUAGUUAGAGAAAAAAAGAAUGAAUCGUUGAAUUGUUAGUGACAAAAAUGAUGACUGUCUACGUUUUGUUGAAUAUAUUCUGUUUAUCUGUGCAUAAAUGUAUUGUUUUUGCGAUACUAUCUUUGAUUGAAAAGCAUAGUAGGCAAUUUUAGAGCAAUAAUUUGUCAAAUGUAAAAUUUAACAAGUUUAUCGCUUUAUAUCAAUGUAAAUGCAUCGUGUAUUCUGAAAUUCGAUAUGUAUACUGUAUGAUUGAUUACAACUAGAUAGGUCAUUUAAAUAAUUGUAAUAGCAAUUUCAAUUUUGAAAUAUUUUUGACUUUUAUAAAAAAGUUUUUUUGUUUUGGUUUAAUUCUCAAUAAAAAAAAUAAUGAUUUGAGCAAGUUACUUGAACAUUUCAAAUGAGAGAAACAACAAUUUUUGUUAAUUGUUGGUCGAACCUCGGAAAAGAUUCAUCAUCCAGAGUGAAUAAAACUUAUAACAGAUAUAUUUCGUACUUUUCGAUAGUUCUGUAUUGUACAUAAAUAUUUCAUAUCGGUUUCAGUUUGUCAGUCAAUCAUACAGUGAUUGUUAGCAGUUUUGCAGUAGCUUUAGUUAUGAAUGAGAUAAUACCAUGUUUACAAAAGGCAAUAUCAAAAUAAUAGUGUAAAAGAAACAUACUAAAAACGUCUGUAUCAUGACUCAAAAACUUGUGUAUAUUAUUAAAAGUGUUUUUCCAACUAAAUUCGCUAUAAUAGGUUUAUAAGCAAUCCGAUGUGACUUAGAGUAAACCGAUACUUGUUGGCUACAACGUGUAAAAAUCGAUCUAAUGUGUUGAACGUAUAAAUUACUGUAGUAUAACGAA